AUGGGAGACCAGUUGCCGAAGACUCUGCCGAAGAUCACGCGCAGAGGCAAAAAGUGUGACGGCAAUGAUAACUUCAGACGCGAGCGCAGCCGGCGCCGCAAGGGCGCUGCGGAUGCGCUGAGCUCUGAGGCGCUGCCUCCGACCCUUGUUUCUGGAGAUGCGGAUGGCCCCGCGCAGCGAGACGUCUACUUCGGCAACCUGGUGCGUGGGAUGGUCAACGAAGAGGUGAUGCGCAAUUUAAUUCAGCCUGCGGCAAUGCAAGCUCCGGAGUAUGAUCCGGAGCUGGGCCCACCAAUCACAAAGGUCACAAUAAUUCCAAAUGCAGCACAUGGCUUCGUCCAGUUCCAGAGCGCUGCCCUUGCUACAUGGAGCAUCGCCAGGUUCCACGCAACAGAGCUGUUCGGGAACAAGAUGCAAGUUGGCCGCCCCUGCUUCUCGGGCUUCAGAGCAUUCUGCGAAAAGCCCAACUCGAAGUCAACCCUUCUUGAGACAUGA